CGCAGAGACAACUCUAGAACGUGCAAGGUUUCUGAGCAAGGAAAACCCGAAUGAAUCAGUUACUCUGUAUCGCAGCAUUCUGGAUAUGAAAAAUGAGGAGGAGGAGACCCUCAAGAUUAAAGAGACUUGCACAUUUGAACUUGCAGAAUUGUUCGGCGAAUUGAAAGACAUCAACUCGUUAUCGAAUUUGUUGGAGUCUUCGCGCGACUUCUUCAUCUCGAUUUCCAAGGCAAAGGCGUCUAAAAUCAUGAAGUCGAUAAUCGAGAUUGCGAUUAAAAUGGAUGUUCCUACACAAGAAAAAAUCGAGAUGUGUGAACGCAAUAUCAAAUGGUGUCAAGAAUCAAAGCAAGUCUUUUUGGCGCAGAGAUUGAACUGCCGUCUUGCCUAUCUUCUUUAUCUUGACAAGCAAUAUCGUCGAGCAUUAACUCUCUGCGGCCAUCUCAUCCGCGAACUGGCCAAGAUCGACGACAAAUCCCUGAUUAUGGAAGUCCACAUCACCGAAGCACGCAUCUACAAAGACCUCAACGACAUCACCCGCGCCAAGUCUUCCCUCACCGCCUGCAAAAUGACCGCGUCCUCGAUCUACGUAGACGCUCCCACGCAAGCCGACAUCGACAUUCUCUCCGGCGUCAUUUACGUGAAUUCCAGAAAUCGGGACUAUUUCGUAGAGCUAUCAGCGCGAUUUCCAAAUGGCGUUUUCGUUCUUCUACGAAGCGUUCGACGCGUUUACGCAGCUGAAGGACGAUCGCGCGAUGUCCGCGUUGAAGUACAUGAUUCUCAUGCGAAUUUUGGCCGGAAAAGUGGAAUUCCAAAAAUCGGGGUGAUUUUUAGAAACAAGAAAUGCAGGCUAUUUUUGGCAAUCAUGUGGUGGUGGAGAAUUGGAACAAGGAAAUCGCGGUUUUGA